AUGGCACCCCCCAGCCCCCUCAUAGCAACCUCGCAACUCGUUCCUCAAGGAUCUACACUCGCAACCCCUAAACCAAGAUGCGAACUGAUCUAUCACCUGCUGCGCAGUCUCAACGCGACAACAAUCGUCGAAGCAGGAACAAGCUUCGGCGUAAGCACCAUUUACCUUGCCCUCGCUGCUUCUCAAAAUGCUUCGCGGAACGGAAAUGACAAGGGCCGAGUCAUUGCUACGAAGAAAGAGCCUUCGAAGACCGAGAUUGCGCAGAGAAACUGGACCCAGGCCGGAGGCGAGAUCGAAGGCGUGAUUGACUUACGAAUUGAAGAUCUUCGCGAGGCUCUUGCGAGUGAUCUGGGGACUGUGGUGGAGUUCCUGCUUCUGGAUAAGCCGUAUUUCCGGUCUGGCGCUAUGCUAAUGGCUGAUAAUACGCUGGCUUAUAAUACGCUUAAGGCUGAGGAGCUAUUUGCAUAUGUGGAUGCACCGGGUAGUCGGUUCCAUAGAAUCACCAUGCCCUAUGCGGGAGGCUUGGAUAUGAUUGUGUAUGAAUGA